AUGAUGAAAAUUGGGCCCAUAAAAUGGAGUCUAACAUUAAAGAAUUAACAAAAGCUGUCAUGGAUCUUACCGAACAUAAUAGAACAUUUAAUUCACGACGAAAUCAAAGGUCGCUCCCAUUAUCUUCAAACCACAAUGUCAACAACCAAAAUCAAGCUCCAAGACCCCAUAGGUGUUACGAAUGUAACCAGGAAGGACAUAUAGCAAGAUAUUGUCCAAACAGAUUACAACAACAGAACAAUAACCAAAGCAACAAGGAAAGAAACAAUCAGACCUUGAAUCAAGAAGUUAGGGGCUUGAAUGUUCGUCUCUUUGAAGUUAAGGAAACUUCAUCAAGCGAAAUCAACGAAUAUCUGAUGAUAAAAGUUGAAGGUAGUGACAUGUUGUUCGAUAUUAGAAACCUCGGAAAAAGAAGGCGAUGUGAUGAUGAAAAUGAGAUGCCUACAUGGGCCAACAUAGAACAGACAUUAGAUACAAACCGAACUAAAAAAACAAAAGACAUUGAAAAGGACUAUUUAUAUAGAAUUAGCAUAAAUGAAAUACAGCCUAUAGAAGCUGAAAAUUUGCAAGGCUCAAGUUAUCAUGGACGUAUCAUCUAUUGGCACUCAGACAUGACACAAAACAUUGAUAAAGAGAACAUUAAAAAUACAAACUAG